CCGAGCCGAGCCGAGCCGAGUCGCGGCCGGGCCCUGCGCCGCGCGCCGGGCCAUGGCCGGCAACGUGAAGAAGAGCUCGGGGGCCGGGGGCGGCGGCGGCUCGGGGGGCUCGGGCGCGGGCGGCCUCAUCGGGCUCAUGAAGGACGCCUUCCAGCCGCACCACCACCACCACCACCUCAGCCCGCACCCGCCGGGCACCGUGGACAAGAAGAUGGUGGAGAAGUGCUGGAAGCUCAUGGACAAGGUGGUACGGUUGUGUCAGAACCCAAAGCUGGCGCUAAAAAAUAGCCCACCUUAUAUCUUAGACCUGCUGCCAGAUACCUACCAGCAUCUUCGUACUAUCUUGUCAAGAUAUGAGGGGAAGAUGGAGACACUUGGAGAAAACGAGUAUUUUAGGGUAUUCAUGGAGAACUUGAUGAAGAAAACUAAGCAGACCAUAAGCCUCUUCAAGGAGGGGAAAGAAAGGAUGUAUGAAGAGAAUUCUCAGCCUAGGAGAAACCUAACCAAGCUGUCCCUCAUCUUCAGCCACAUGCUGGCAGAACUGAAAGGAAUCUUUCCCAGUGGUCUCUUCCAAGGAGACACAUUUCGAAUUACUAAAGCAGAUGCUGCAGAAUUUUGGCGGAAAGCUUUUGGUGAAAAGACAAUAGUCCCCUGGAAGAGUUUCCGACAAGCUCUUCAUGAAGUCCAUCCCAUCAGUUCUGGACUGGAGGCCAUGGCUCUGAAGUCCACGAUUGAUCUGACCUGCAAUGAUUAUAUUUCAGUUUUUGAAUUUGACAUCUUUACACGACUGUUUCAGCCCUGGUCCUCUUUGCUCAGGAACUGGAACAGUCUUGCUGUAACUCAUCCUGGCUACAUGGCUUUCCUGACAUAUGAUGAAGUAAAAGCUCGUCUUCAGAAAUUCAUCCACAAGCCUGGCAGUUACAUUUUCCGGCUGAGCUGUACUCGUCUGGGUCAGUGGGCUAUUGGGUAUGUCACAGCUGACGGAAACAUCCUCCAAACAAUUCCUCACAAUAAACCUCUCUUCCAAGCCCUGAUCGACGGCUUCAGGGAAGGCUUCUAUUUGUUUCCUGAUGGCCGGAAUCAGAAUCCGGAUCUGACAGGCUUAUGUGAACCAACUCCCCAAGACCACAUCAAAGUGACACAGGAACAAUAUGAAUUAUACUGUGAGAUGGGUUCCACAUUCCAGCUGUGUAAAAUCUGCGCCGAGAAUGAUAAGGAUGUCAAGAUCGAGCCCUGUGGACAUCUCAUGUGCACGUCCUGUCUGACGUCCUGGCAGGAGUCUGAAGGCCAGGGCUGUCCUUUCUGCCGAUGUGAAAUUAAAGGUACUGAACCCAUUGUGGUCGAUCCAUUUGAUCCUAGAGGAAGUGGCAGCCUGUUGAGGCAGGGAGCAGAAGGAGCCCCGUCCCCUAAUUAUGAUGACGACGAUGAUGAACGUGCCGAUGAUUCUCUCUUCAUGAUGAAAGAGUUAGCUGGUGCCAAGGUGGAAAGGCCUCCUUCACCAUUCUCAAUCGCCCCACAAGCUUCCCUUCCCCCAGUACCACCUCGACUUGACCUUCUACAGCAGAGAAUUUCUGUUCCUUCAAGUGCUUCUGGUCUUGGACCUGCUUCUAAGGCUGCUUCUGGCUCCCUUCAUAAGGACAAGCCUUUACCAAUACCUCCCACACUUCGAGACCUUCCGCCACCGCCCCCACCAGACCGGCCAUAUUCUGGAGGAACAGAAACCCGGCCGCAGAGACGUCCCUUGCCGUGUACACCAGGCGACUGUCCAUCCAGGGACAAACUGCCACCUGUCCCCUCUAGCCGCCUUGGGGAAUCAUGGUUGCCUCGGCCAAUCCCCAAAGUACCAGUAGUUGCCCCAAACCCUACUGACCCCUGGACGGGAAGAGAAUUAACCAAUCGACAUUCACUUCCAUUUUCAUUGCCCUCCCAAAUGGAACCCAGAACGGAUGGGCAUAGACUCGGAAGCACUUUCAGUCUGGAUACCUCCCUGGGUAUGAACAGCAGCCCAUUAGCAGGUCCCGAGUGUGAGCACCCCAAAAUCAAGCCUUCUGCAUCUGCCAAUGCCAUUUAUUCUCUGGCGGCCAGACCUCUUCCUGUACCAAAGCUGCCGUCUGGGGAGCAGGGUGAGAGUGAGGAGGACACAGAGUAUAUGACUCCUUCCUCGAGGCCCGUGGGGCUGCCGAGGCCAGAGCUGAAACGGCCUUUGGAGCCCACCCAGAGUUCACGCAUGGGUGAUGGUGACCAACAGGCAGAUAGCUGCACAUACGAAGCCAUGUAUAAUAUUCAGUCCCAGGCUGUGCCUGGCGCCCCAGAGAGUAGCGCCUUGGGGGACGGGGCUCUGGCUGCAGCUCAGGCCAGCGCAGGCCCCGAGGAGUCGGAAAACGAGGAUGAUGGGUACGAUGUGCCGAAGCCUCCUGUCCCAGCAGCACUAGCACGCCGCACGCUCUCAGACAUCUCCAACGCCAGUUCUGCCUUUGGCUGGUUGUCUCUAGAUGGUGAUCCUGCACGUGAGUCCCCAGACUUCACUGAGGGUUCCCAAGUUCCGGAGCGGCCUCCCAAACCAUUCCCACGGAGAAUCAACUCUGAACGGAAAGCGGGGAGCUGUCAGCAAGGGGGUGCCGCCGCCGCCGCCGCUGCCGCCUCACCACACCUCUCCAGUGAGAUCGAGAACCUCAUGAGUCAGGGUUAUUCCUACCAGGACAUUCAGAAAGCGUUGGUCAUCGCCCACAACAACAUCGAGAUGGCCAAAAAUAUCCUGCGGGAGUUUGUUUCGAUUUCUUCUCCUGCUCACGUGGCCACCUAGCACCUUGCCUUGCUGCAGCUUUAGAGGACCCUGAGCUGAGCUCUCACUCACUCGGUGGCACCUCACAGGCAGAGGCUCCUCUGGAGACGGCACAUGGGGUCGCGACCUGUCUGUGGGGUCCUGUGGUUCCAGGAUUUCAAGGCGGUGGAAUGAAAUGGAGCAGCUAGUAUGUUUGCAGAUCUUACUUGUUUUGGGAGUACAUUGGAAGGUGCCCUUCCGCCCCCACUUAGAGUGUGGAUUUUUAUUAAAUAGUAGCUUACCUGGGGAACCGUCCAGAAAGCAGUGGGAGAGGUUUUGUGCUCUAAAUCCUAAUUGAAUACUUAAGACUUUCCUGGGUUAAAGAAAUGAUUGUGCGUGCGUGCGUGUAUGUCUGUCUGUGGUUGUGCGUGUCCUGUGAUUCUAAGAUUAACCUGCUGUCUGUGUUGAUCCCGGGCAGGGAGUCGGCACAAGAGGUCUCAGAAGGAAUCUUCUCAAGACUUCAUCUACUGUGGUAUCACACCCACCCUAGUGCUCCUCUCACGGCCAAAACACUCCCCUUUGCUUGGAUUCUUGCGCACAGAGUUCGUCUUGUGCUCUUAGGAUCCCCUUCUGCUCCCCUGCCCCUCUGCCCUCCGCCCGCCUCGCCUGUCUCUGACCAGGGCUUGCCAGGACCAGCCUUACUGAUGCCGAGUGCCUUCUCGGCCGUGCUCUCUUGUGUGGGAAUGCAGAUUUGAGUGUUCGAGGGGUGGGGGAGCAUCCCGUUGCUCUAUCCCGGAAGCACUGUUCGAUACUAGCAGCUAACGCUGGUCACUGCAAAGCACCGUCUCUCCAGGAUAUUGAAUCUGCUCAGAGAAGAGCUCUUCAUUCUGAUGACAUGGCUGAUCUACGAUAGAGGCCUCCGGUGCAUUCCAUCCCUCCGCAGAACACAGUCUGCGGGAGCAGCUGCCUUGGGCCCGGGUGGGAGCUGAUGUAAGCAGGACUUGUUUGCUCCAGGGCCAGGGAGGAACAUGGGUGUCCAGCAUGGCUUUCUGGCCUAUCUGCCAUGCAGCUUUUUGAAGAAGUGCCGUUCCUUUGCUCUUUCCUUUGUUAGACAAAUACUGCACAAAGAGAUCAGAGGAUAUUCAGAAUGGCUCUUCUCCCCAGCAAAUGAAUUACAGUUUAUUUGGACAUCUCCCUUUGAACUAGAGCGGCUUGUUGCAGAAAUGAUUCUCUUUGCCCUUGAAGGAGUGAGUUGGGGUUGGGGUGUCCUAUUUUGCUGAUAUUGACCCCUUUCCUACAUGGUGCCACCAGCGACU